GGUAUAGCUCCGGCCGCUCAUCCUGCGGUUCUGCUCAAAACAGUCCACGACCGGUUUUCUUGUUGAAUUUUACUCUUUAAAUUCCUGUAUUAAUUUACACUUAUUACCUUGUACCGAAUGUAAGAAAGAAAGAGAAGAGAUCGCGAUGGACUUAUUGUAUGUAUAGCAAUAUAAGGACAGAAUCAUUAGAACCUGCAGAGUUCGGCGCAGAAAGUAUGUAACGUUGGGAUUAUUAGCCUCUCGAUUGUACGAAAUGAGAUGGAAAACCGAGAUGGGAGAGAAACGAAGCGGCGCGUAAUUAUUGCCGGAUUAUAUUUACGGCUGAUGAAAUAUCCGGUAACUGUACAAUAGGUAUUAUACAAACAUACGGAGUAUACCUGUAACACAACAGUUGCGCAUCGCCGAUUGAAAUGGCAAGAGAAAAUUAAUCUCGUCGGAGUUUAUCUGCAAUCCGAGGAUAUGAGGGCACCCCUAUAGGAUAUAUCGUCUGCGAACGUGGUCGAUAAGAACGUAUAAAGUAGAGUGGUUCGAGUAGCUUCGGGUUAGACGCUCCGAAAAUCCACCGAGAGACGACAAAAUCUUGAUUCGACAUCACCGUUCGUAAUUGCAGUUUAAUUUUUCUUGAAAUUUUUAAUUUUUAAUCACAAACCGGCUGUUGACUCAACGGUGAUAUUAUGCCGUCUGACCUGUCGCUGCUGCUACUACUUCUCCUGGUUGCGAAUUCGAAUUGCAAACCUCUGGAUGAUUCAUCGUCGGUGAAUCCUAACGAGAUAAAUUUCGGUUCGCAUAACGACGGGGAUAAAAAAAAUCAGAAAGACGAAAUUGAUGCAACGGAAUCCUGGGAUAUUCCGAGGCCGUUCGCGAGCUCGUCGAACGACGGGGGAAAAACGUUUGGUGAAAAAAUUCAACUCCCUACCGUGACGCCGUCCCCGAUUUUGUCAGCCGAGAUAACGGAGACAGCUGCCGGGGAAAUAGGGAGCGGAAAAUCGACGGCUAUAAGUCCGUCGGGGAAUUCAACGACGGAUAAUAACCUCGCGACACGGCAACAAGGUUUGUCAUGGAUACUCGCGCCCUUCGCCCAAAAAGUUCAAUUUUCACCUCAGACGUUCUUUCAAGAAAGAAUCGGCCAACUUAAGGACACCUUCACCAACAUUGCCUCUAUAUUUCCGAACCAACAAGACGGCGCCACCAAACAAUUCGGAAAUAUCGCUGGAUUAGCGAACCUCAUCGGACUGAAUGAUUCAGGAUUCUACACGGACAGAUUAGAUCCAGUGGGUUUUUUCGGCGGUAAUGGAUGGUUCGCAAACAAGGGCGGCAUUUUAGGGGGGCCGGGUGCUUUUAUUUCAACCGGAAGUCUCUUCACCGACUACCCAACGCCGUACAAAAAAUGAUUUGAUAGAAAGGUGUUACAUGUACGUAUAUAUUUAAGAGAUCGGAACGAAAAAAAAAAAACUUAGGUACAAAAACAACGUUAGAAAUUUCGGAAGAAAUGUGGAAGAAUCAGAAAACUGGAGGGUGCUAUGUGGGAGAUUUGGAUGAAAAGUAAAUUAGACAAGAAUACGAUACAACGUACAACCAUAAUGAGUCUCUCGAGGCGCUUCAUUACCGGUAUAAUUUUUCGUCAGGAGACUAAAAAAAUCCUAGCGCCAGGAAGUCGGAGGAGUUUUUGAAAGCAAAUUUUUUUUUCUAACGAUGAGUACGUUUCCAUUUCAGAUGUGUGAAGUUGGGUACCUAGAUAAUAAGUUCAGUUAAUUAAGAAUCAUUGUGUUCCAUGCCAUUUCAAUUUUUAAUGAAGUACAAAUUUUAAAGAGCGAUAAUUGUACAUUAUACGCAUACAUAUAUUUAUUAAGUACAGAUAUAACGCUUUCCUUUCCCGUUGUAGUCGCACUCGAAGUUUUCUGCAUAUUUGUCGGCAUUUCGCCUCCGCCUCUUCUACGCGAAUUCUGAAUAAGGAGAAAAAAAAAAAAUACUUUCGGAAAGUUUUCAGUGAGUAUAGUUGGUAGAUGAAUAUAUUUCAUUGGCAGUAUACCCGCUACAUCAUUAAUCUUCUUAAUUUCUUUUACUUUUUUUUGUAAUUUUUUUACGCGCUCAAAUAUUAAGCAUUUUUUGUACAGUUCGAAAAUUUAUUUAUACCCAUGUAUACGGACGACAAGUUUUUUUUUUUUAAAUUAUAUCGAAGGUAUUACCAGAUUUUCUGGAAAUUUUUCGACCACGUACGAUGAAUACGCUGUACACAUAGCUACGCUGAAAUAUUCUGUACAUAAUGAGGAUCCGUCAAAGAAGUGCAGGUCGUUGGCCAAUAAAACUUAUUCCAAGCCAAUGCGGUUCGAAAACUUUUAGAGUGCAGUACACAUAGUUUUCAAACUACGUACAGCCAGCGCUUCGAAGAACUUUUAUACCAUACGGGAUUCUAAAGCUUUUUCUACGUACCUACGUGCAGGUGGGUUGUGAUCCGAUUAUGAAAUGUACUUGUGUAGGUAAUACGUCCGAUGCAGGGUUGGACUAGGGACGAAUAUUGUAAAAUCGUUUACACGAAAUUUGAAAUUUUCGAAACCCCAUACGAUUUUACACUCGCAUAAUUUGUCUAUUUUUUCUCGUCCUUUUUCGAUUCCAGCAAAGCGCAUGGGAAAAUAAAGCGAAGGACCUUAUUAAAUA